CAAAUUUUUCACAAACACAGUAACCGCUGGGUGAAUCGCUUGCCCACAAAGCCAACUGCACAGAAGCUACCUAUGGUACUCUAAUACAAAAAACCAUACUGGCAAAAAAACGCAGUUGAUUAGCUUUGAGAUACCAUGGAUCAAAAGCCCCACAUAGCUGUAGUACCCAGUCCAGGAAUGGGUCACCUCAUCCCACUCGUUGAGUUUGCCAAACAACUCGUUCUUCACCAUGAAUUCGUACUCACUUUCAUCGUCACCUCCACCGGAUCCGAACUCCUCAAAGCCCAAAAAUCAGCCCUUGACAAUCUCCCUCCAUCCAUAAACCUUAUUUUUCUUCCUCCAGUUUCCUUUGAAGAUCUAUCUAAAGAUACAAGCAUCCAAGCCAAACUUACCCUCACUAUCACUCGCUCUCUUUCUUUAAUUAGUGAAGUCAUCAGGUCAUUAGUUUCUACUUCGAGACUCGUGGCUUUGGUUACUGAUCAUUUCGGUACAGACGCUUUUGAUGUCGCAGUUGAAUUUAAUGUCCCUCCAUAUCUAUUUUUCAAAUCAUCCCCUUUGCAAUUGGCGUUUCUAUUGUUUAACUUGCCAACUAUGGAUCUGAAUAUUUCCUGCGAGUACAGAGACAUGCCUACACAGGUUCUUGAUAUACCAGGAUUUGGUGUCUUGGUCCAUGUAUCAGACUUACCCGACCCUGUUCAAAAUCGAAAAAGUGAUGCAUACAAAUGGUUUCUUCACAACACGAAACGGUUUGUUAUAGCGGAAGGUAUUCUGAUAAAUAGCUUUGUUGACUUUGGAGUAAGGCUCAUUGACGCUUUGCAAGAGGAAGGAACAGGUAAGCCUCCUGUUUACCCGAUUGGACCGCUCAUAAGGUCCAGCUCCAGUAAUGAAACUAAUGGAUCUGAUUGUCUUAAAUGGUUAGAUAACCAACCAAGUAACUCAGUUUUAUUUGUUUCAUUUGGUAGUGGCGGAACCCUUUCUUAUGAUCAGCUCAAUGAAUUUGCCUUAGGCUUAGAAAUGAGUGAGCAAAAAUUUUUAUGGGUUGUAAAAAGUCCAGAUAACAAGUCUGCUAGUGGUUCAUAUUUUAGUAUCCAAAGUAACAAAAACCCUUUUGAUUUCUUGCCAAAAGGGUUUGUAGAAAGGACCAAGGGACAGGGUUUGGUAGUGUCAUCUUGGGCACCACAAAUUGAAAUACUUGGACAUAGCUCAACUGGAGGGUUCGUGACCCAUUGUGGUUGGAAUUCAAUUCUUGAAAGUGUAGUGCAUGGCGUGCCUUUGAUUGCUUGGCCUCUAUUUGCUGAACAAAAGUUGAACGCUGUGAUGUUAUCUGAAGAUCAAAAAGUAGCAUUGAGACCUAAAGCCAAUGAAAAUGGGCUAAUUGGAAGAAAUGAAAUCGCAAAGGUUGUAAAGGAUCUCUUGAGAAGUGAAGAAGGAAUGAGGAUUCGUGAACGAAUGAACGGCCUAAAAGAGGCUGCAGCCAAGGCUUUGAGUAAAGGAGGAUCAUCUACAAAAACACUUUCUGACUUGGUGCUCAAGUGGAAGAAUCAUAAAAUUUAACUUCUUCUUUACUCUGUGUUGUUGUAUUUCCACUGUAUAUUCAUGCCGUCGUGGUUAACUCUGACAUGAGAUGUAAAAGAAUAUUGAGUUGCCUCACUGGGGUUGCAAUUUUAU